CCUAGAGACAGAUCUGCUCUAAAUGGCUAUCAUUAUUCAAUCAUAUCUUGAAACUCUUCCAAUGCUAUUAUUGUGUUUUGUUAUUCUUCUUUAUUACUACUACAAUCUCACUCAGAGAUGGAAAAGAAGCUCGCUGCCCACAACCUGGCCAGUUGUCGGUAUGCUGCCAGCACUUCUUCAAAACUCUUACAGGCUACAUGAUUAUGGAACAGAAGUUCUCAAAGAAAGUGGUGGCACAUUCCAGUUCAAAGGCCCGUGGUUUGCCAACAUGGACAUGGUCAUCACCUGUGACCCGGCCAAUGUCCAUUACAUUCUCACCAAAAACUUCUCAAACUACCCAAAGGGUCCUGAUUUCAGAAAAAUAUUCGAUGUUCUGGGAGAUGGGAUUUUCAAUGCUGAUUCUGAGUUAUGGGAAGCUCACAGGAAAAUAACUUUGUCAGUUAUGCGCCAUCCCAAUUUCCAGAAACUUUUGGAGACAACCGUUCGGGACAAGCUUGAAGAAGGGCUCCUCCCAAUUUUAGAAACCUGUUCAAAAACAGGAUCCCAGCUUGAUUUGCAAGAAAUUUUCCAGAGGUUCACUUUUGAUAAUAUAUCAAAAGUGUUACUCGACCAUGAUCCGGGCAGCUUAUCCAUGGAUUUACCAUACAUCCCAUGUGAAAAGGCAUUUAGUGACACCGCAAAAGCCCUUUUACACAGGCACUUAUUGCCAGAAAGCUGCUGGAAGCUCCAGAAAUGGCUUGGAAUAGGCCACGAGAAGAAGCUAGGCAGAGCAGCUGAUGCUUUUGAGCAAUUCAUCUGCCCUUGUAUAUCGCUGAAGCAGGAAAAAAGGAACAAAACAACGGAGGAAACAGGAUUUGAUGGACUAUCAGCUUUCAUGGAGGCUUACAAGGGAAUAAAUACUAGACAAGAUGCAAAGCUGUUCAUGAAAGACAUCAUGCUGAAUUUGAUUUUUGCAGGUAGAGACUCCACGAGUACAGCUCUCUCUUGGCUUUUCUGGCUCAUCGCCAGAAAUCCUCAGGUGGAGGACAAGAUUCGUGAAGAGAUUGCAACUAAAUUGGACGCCAAACAAGGUCAAAACCUGAGCCUUUUCAUCAAUGUCCAAGAAUCCCAUAAACUCAUUUACCUCCAUGGUGCUUUGUGUGAAGCUCUCCGGUUAUAUCCAUCCGUGGCUUUAGAGCACAAAGCUCCAGCCAAGCCCGACACUCUUCCAAGUGGUCUACGAAUCGAUGCAAAUACCAAAGUGGUUCUUUCCUUCUACUCAAUGGGACGGAUGGAGUCCAUAUGGGGUGAUGACUGCUUGGAGUUCAAGCCUGAGAGGUGGAUAUCCGAGCAUGGAAGUAUUAAACACGAACCAUCCUUCAAGUUCCCUGCAUUUCUUGCUGGACCAAGGACUUGUGUAGGCAAGGAAAUGGCCAUGAUCCAGAUGAAAAUGGUGGCAGCCUCCAUCGUCUAUAAUUACCAUAUCCAAGUGGCGGAAGGCCAUCCCAUUUCCCCUAGUGAUUCUGUUAUUAUCCAAAUGAAGCACGGUUUCAUGGUCAGGCCCUUUAAAAGAAAUUAAUGAAUGUAGCCUUGUUAUAUAUGAUAAUAUUGUACUAGAAUAAAAAGGAUGAAGUAUAUUCAAUCCAAUCAUUUACUUAUUUAUUCUAUUUUUAGUAUAUAACGUAUUAUG